GCAAAAAGCAAGUAUGAGACGAAUAUUCAUUUAUUCCAUAUUGUUCAUGGACACUGUAUUCAUAGAUUAAUGUAGUUCCAGUAGCAGUUUUACAAAAUAUCAUUCAGAAUGGAAGCAAGUCUGAAAGUUACUGAUGAAAUACGAGCUGCUAUCAAGAGAAAACUUGCUGAAUUCGAUGCAUUUAUAGAUGAUGAGUUACCGGAAUACAUUAUGAUUUUGAUUGCAAACAAAAGAAGUAGAGAACAAAUUAAUAAACACUUAUCUCUUUUCCUUGGAAAGGAUACUGUUAAUUUUACUCUUUGGUUGGAAAAUUUGUUGCAAAGUUUAAAAGCAACAUCCAAAGAGUCGUCUGUAACAUCAAAAGAAUCUGUCGGUGAAACUGAAACUGAUGCAAAACCUAAUGAAGAUUGCGAUGUGUUGAAUUACGAUCCUAAUGAGCAAGGUGAGGAAUUAGGUUGUGAUGAGAGUACAAAUAGUUCUUUUUCCAAUGCACCUUCAAUAAAAGUUAAUGUUGACUCAAAAUCUGUUAAAACCCCACUUCCAGAAGAACCAAAUGUUAAAGAGCCUCGCUCUAGGUAUGGGAAUCAAGUGCAGAAACGUGAUGCAUUAUCUGAAUCUUCACACACAGGUCUGUCAUCUGCUAUUGUAUCUGUUGACAAUAAAAGUCCUUUUCGCAUAAGUGAAUAUGAUCCUAACAAGCCAGACAUUGUAAGAAGUGUUUCAAGUGUUGUUCGUCAGGCCCGAGAAAAAUAUAAGGCCGCAAACGCCAUACAAACUAAUAAACUUCUCCUGAAAGCUGUUAAUGAUGCAACCAAAUCAAUUUUAAACGGUAAAGAUAUAAAUGACUACUAUAAGCCAACCCCAAUUAAAGUUUUAGCAUCAAAAUUUAAUUCAAAUGCUGUCAAAUCAGCGCCAAGCAGUUCUGCUUUGCUGAAUUGCAAUACUGAAGUUGAUUUGAUUUCCGAUGUACCUGUGAUGCUGCCAUUUGAUACAGAAGAAAACGAUUUGGAGGAAUCUUCUGAAGAGAGCGUUGCGCAAGACGAAGAGUCUUCGCAUUCUCGUACCAUCUAUUUCACGAGCACACCUCAGCCCUCAUCCAGUUCAAAUUUAAGGGUUCCUGCAUUUGACGCGAAUCAGUACUCGAUGAUUGAACCAGAUGAAGAAGACACAGGGCAGACUCAUUUCUAUGUUACAUUGGAAGGUGUGAACAUUCAGUCCUUGAAAAGGAAACGUGAUGAUGACGAUGAUCUUAUUGAAGAUAUGGAAGAGGAUGAAACUGUUGAGGAGAAUGUGACCUUCAAAAAAAUUGAAACUGCUCCAGUACCGGAAAAAAAGCAAAAAAUAAACGAGAAAUGCAAAUACUGGCCUGCCUGUAAAAAUAGUGAUCAAUGUUUAUAUCAUCAUCCAACAAUUCCGUGCAAAUGCUUUCCUGACUGCAAGUUUGGUGAUAAAUGUUUGUAUGUCCAUCCUAACUGUAAAUUUGAUGCCCUGUGUAGUCGAAAAGACUGUCCUUACACUCAUAUUAGUAAGCGAAAAUUGCCAGCAGCAACUUUACCUGUUAGAAUGGUCUCAAUGAAAAUGAAGCCUGUGAAGGCAAUGUGUAAAUUUUUUCCAAAAUGCACUUCGAGAAACUGUCCAUUUGUGCAUCCCAAACCAUGUCGUUACGGCACUGAUUGCCGAUUGCCUGCAUGUGUUUUCAGUCAUUUUCAAAUCCCAUCUCGUAAUCAAUUAAAGUGGCAAGCUAAAACAUAAUCAAGCUUCUUUUAUCAUGUAAUGAUCAUUCAUUUUCAUCUGUAUUUAUAUCAUGAAUCCUGGUGAAUGUUAAAAAUAUUAAAUAGAGAAAUAGUCAACCUACUGAGUUUUAUAUUUUUUAUGCAAUUGAAAACCUAAUUUUUUUAUUGCACAUUAUAUUCAACACACAGGUUUCUAUAGUCAUUUUCUUUUUCAUCAGAUAUUCUGAUGGCUUUAUUGGCAAAAUCUGAGAAAUUCCAUUUUUUUUAACACAAAUAGUCUUGACUGUGGGGAUUUUCAACUAGCUUGCCCUUAUUGUAUUACACUAGUUUCCGCUUAGGCUAGAAAUAUUUAAGAUAUCUUUUCUGCUACCUUUAUAUACUUGCGUAAAGUUGAGAAAUUUCAUUCUGAAAAGGAAUCUACAAGUUGGUGGGUCUACUUAUGCAGCAAAAUUUGUAUACGAUACGCCAUUGAAAUUUUAAGGGGGUCGGGGUUAUUUUGGGGGUAUUUUUCUCAUUUUGAGGGGUGGGGUAUACAGGGUGUCGAUAAUUUUCCUCAAGCAAUUUUUUGAAAAAAUGUGAACAUUUUCCUGAUUAUAGUUCAACCUUUAACGUGAUCAAAAUGAGAAAUAAAGACUUUAAUUAUAGUCAAAGAAACACUACUCAAAAAAUGCUAGACUCGCAAAUUUUGCCGAUGGUUGCGUGAAAGUUAAUGCUCAUUAUAGAAACAAAUGUAAUAUGGCCAUGAUACAAGACUUAAUGGAUAUUAAUUUUAAAUAAAUGCAACAAUUUUUUAAAAAAUCGUAAUGGUGAAAAAUCCUAUGAAACCUUUUUGCACAAAGGUAUAAAAAUUGUGUCCUGUUUUUUCUUGUUUUCCUUUUUUUUUUGUUUGUGUGUGUCUAAAACUGCUGUAAUGAUAGGGUUUCAGCCUUCCCCCCAAAAUAUGGGUUUCAGAAACUAAAAUAGGAAAUACGUUUGUUGGGAAGUUUUUUUAUUAUGCAGUGAGCAGCCAAAUAACAUCAUUUAUAGAUUGAUAAGUCUUGCCUUGUUUUUUUAUGUUAUCUGCACACACAAAUGUUUUUUCUUCCACAAGAUUGUAAUUUAGAAGAAGUGUCGACUAAAUCAGGUUCCAAGAAAAUGAAAAAUUUUAAGCAAACUCCAUGGUUAGGUAAGUUUUGUUACAUUUGCAAAUUUUGAUUUUUUGUUCGCAAGUGGCAAUUUGUAUUUCAAAAAAAAAUAUUUAUGCUUUAAUAUAAAUUUUUGAAAAUAUUUUUGCUUUUUAAUUUAAAGAAACUUUG